UCCUUCUAAAUCAGGUUGUCUUCAACAACUUACUAAGGAAACAUGAAGGCUAAUCAAGUUCAACCGAUUCCAUCUAGUAACGCAGGAUUAGUUCCAUGCAUAAUUGUGCCUGAGCUCCUUAAAGAAGAUAAUUAUAAAAGGUGGUGCAUUUUCAUGCAACAUUAUUUAGUGGCUCAAGACCUUUGGGAUGUUGUUUUAUCAAGUGAGAUGCCUGAAGAAGAUCUUAGGGAUUGGGUUAGAAAGAAUGCUUUAGCUCUACAUGCGAUUAAGAUUUCAUGUGGAACAAAAAGCUUUGAUAGGAUUGAGGAGAUGAAUUCAGCCAAAGAUGCGUGGAAUGUAUUGGCUGACUUGCAUAAACAACCGAGUGAAACCAAUUAUGCAGAAACUUGGGAAAGGAUGCUGGUCAACAAUGAAAGGACAAAAUUUGCGAGCAUAUUCAAGGACAUCUGUUUUGGGAAUUGGGAUGCUCUAAAAGGGUUGGAUGAAAUUACUGAAAUAAUUCUUCUUGGUGGUUCCACUGUUCUCCAUGUUGCAACUACUUAUCGUCGUUUGGAGAUUGUCCGUGAGUUGGUUAAGAUAGCGAGAGAAGAGUACUUGGAAAUACAAGACAACAAUGGUGAUACAGCCCUUUCCCUUGCUGCUUGUAAUAAAGACAUAGAGAUAGCAAAAUGCUUGGUUCAGAAGAAUGUUAAAUUGCUUACUAUUUCGAACAAGGAAGGACACAUACCACUUGUGGUGGCAUGCAUUAACCGCCAAAAGGAGAUGGCAUCCUAUCUCUACUCCAAAACUGAAUCUGAUUUCUUACUUUCAGAAAGUAACAAUCAUGGAACCUUGUUCCUCAAAUAUUGUGCACUCAAUUUUAUGCUUGAUGUUGGUUUGGAAGUGUACCUUCAUUGUCCACGCUUCGCAGCUAGUAGAGAAUCCAUUACAAUUUUAGAAUUGUCUCGUCAGCCUUCUCUAUUCCUCAGUGGAGCAGCACGGAAUUUCACGGCGUUGGAUAUUCUAUUGUAUCGAUGUCUAUCUGUUGGAAAACUGCCGUCUCCCUCUGACGACGCUGUAAGUUCAAGUAGACGUGGAAUCUUCAGAAGACAAUUAGCAUGGGUUAAAGUAAUGGAUAAAAUAUUGGCAGUCUUUUUCUUUCGAUUCCAUAGACCUGGUAUGUCCGUUUUGGUUCUGCGUCAUUGGUGCAAGGAGAUAUCAACCUACACGGAUGUGAAACAACUUGUUGAAAGUGAAGCAAUCUCAAUAAUCUUCCAAACAAUCAAGCAAGGCACUUAUGAGAUUGUGUACUGCAUUCUUUUAGAAAACGCCGAUUUAAUUUGGUGCAAUGACAAGCUUGCAAGAGAUUUACUCUCCUCCGUAAUCAAACAUCAUGACUAUUUUCUUUUACGUUUUGUUACCAAGUUUGAUGCAGGGAAGAAAGCACUUCUCUCUUUAAAAGAUAAAGAUGGAAACAAUGCGUUGCAUCUAGCAGCCAAGUUACCUGACUAUCAUUAUGAGUCUGCUGGUAUCGACGCAGCUUGGACCAUGGCAUCCGAAGAACAGUGGUUGAAGAAGGUGAAGAGUCGCCUUCCAUGCUCGUAUCAAGAUGAGAAAAAUCUUUGUGGUGAAACUCCAGGGCAAGUUUUCUACAAGGAACACAAGGAAUUGAUAACAAAUAUGGAGGAAUGGGGAAAGAAAACUGCAGAGUCUUAUAGUUUGGCAUCUGUUUUAAUUGUUACCAUUACGUUUGCAGCACUCUUUACAGUUCCUGGCGGGGUCGAUGAAAAGACCGGCAAGCCCAAAUUGUUGCACAUAAAAGAGUCAUUCGGGUUUCUAAUGUGUGAUGCAGUGUCCUUCAUUACUGCAUCAACUUCACUUUUCGGAUUCCUGAGUGUACUCACACUAACUUACAGAAGAAGAGAUCGUCACAGGGCUCUGUACUCUCAAUUGUUGUUUGCCAUUUCCACCCUCAUCAUUUCGAUAGCAACGAUGAUCCUGGCCUUCAUUUUUGCUCUUGCGCUGAUGUUAGAAAACAAGUGGCAGAGCAGAGAUUCAAAGAAGGGUAAUAAGAAUGAAAAUGAGGAGAGCAGCAACCAGAAUGGCCAACGAGAUGAGAAACAGCUGCCACAGAACUUAAUUGGGGACUGGCCCAACCCAGCAAACCCGUCACUCCAACGGCCAGGAUGUUGUCAAGUUAAGGGAUUGAAUAGGAAUUAUGAUGGCCCUCAUACACUUUUUGUCUUUGGCGAUUCAUAUGCUGAUACUGGCAACUGGAAAAAAUCGUUCACCAGUUCAUGGAAACUACCAUAUGGCAUCACUUUCCCCGGCAAACCAACCGGUCGAUUCUCCGAUGGUCGCGUCUUGACCGAUUACAUUGCUUCGUAUCUUGAUAUCAGAUCUACCAUACCAUAUAAGUUUAGGAAGAUAGCAUCAAAAUCAUAUUUUCGAUAUGGUAUGAAUUUUGCACACGGAGGGACGGGCGUAUUUGAUACAUUGGUGAAAGAACCUAACAUGACAGUCCAAAUCGAUAUUUUUCAACGAUUGGUUGAGAAAAAAGUCUUCAAGGAAGAGUACCUAAAUUCCUCCAUCGCUCUGGUGUCAGUAGCAGGGAAUGACUAUUCUGCUUAUGUUGUUAAGAAUGACAACGACAAUAAGAAUUUGCCUGCCUUUACUACAUCACUAAUUGAUCAGCUUGCUACAAACUUGGAACGAAUUCAUAGCUUGGGAGUGAGGAAAAUCGCGGUUACUGCAAUUGAGCCAAUGGGAUGCUUGCCUGUGGCGACUGCCUCUUCUUCAUAUAAAAAUUGCAGCAAAGCUGGGAGCUUGACCUCCAAGUUUCACAACGAGAUAUUGGCAAAAGCAGUAAAAAUGUUGAACGAGCAGAGAAAGAGAACCAACAAAUCUUUAAUCUCUACAAAGCAUUCCUUUCUGCAAUGAAGAAGCACAGAAAGCACACAGGUAUCUUGACAUCUUUCUUAAUUUCCUAUACAUUCAUUCGUUGUGUUGAAUGCAAUUAAUCUAUGUAUAUAUAGUUUAUUAGGACAUGAAUUAAUUAAUGGUUGUUCUGUUAAUUCUGUCCAUCCAUCGAUACAUACAGGGAGUUUGAAGGUGAAGAUGAAUCCACUGGAGCCAUGUUGUGUGGGUUCGUGUGGGAGUGUGGACAAGAGUGGGGCAAAGCUAUAUAAUGUGUGCAAGAAACCAGAGGCUUCAUUCUCCUGGGACUCAGUACACCUUUCACAGAAUGGAUGGCAUGCAGUUUACUUGGCUCUAAGAUCUUCCCUCCACAAACUCAUCCGAAUAUAAUGCUUACUUAGAC